AUGCGGCCCGUCGACCUGGCGCCAGACGACGACCCGCCGCCGGUCCUCCUCCUCCCCGCCCUCCCUCGACACUACCACACCGCGCCCUGGCUAGCACCAGACUGGGUCCGACAUGGCGAGACUCAGCUACGCGGCUUCCAGCUCUUCGCCGUCGAGCAGAGGAUGACCGAUCGACAUGCGCUCAUGCCCGUCAUCGUCGUCCUCACGGGCGACAAGGCCGACUGCAUCACCGUCGAGCGCUUCGAGCUUCGUCGAGCGGCCUCUUUCGACUCGGACGAGCGCGCCAUCGUGUGGACCAAGACCAAGGCCGUCCUCAAGCACGCCGGCACCAGGGUCAACCAGACGCCCCAAGGUCACAUCCCGCUCACGGCUCUCCCUUCGCUCCCGCCGUCCCUGUCUCUCGUCCAGCUGCCGCCCAUCCCCCUUCCUUUCCGCCCGAGCACCUCGACCGACAGCGACCCGCCUCUCGACGCGGCCGACUACCGCCACCACGAGCCGCUCCUCAUCCAGAACAUCAAUCUGCGCCGCCUCGGCCUCGGCGGCCGCGCAGGGUUCCGCCUCCCGCCGUCGGCCUCGGGCCCGUCGUCGUCGUCCAAGCACGCUCCCCACGCCCUUGCCCUGUUCGGCCUCGGGCCCGUCAAGGCCUACCUCGCGAGCAGCGUCGUGCGCGUCGUGCAGGCGCGUCGGCUCGACAGCGCACGAGUCGCACAGGGCGGCGAGCGGGCGCCCUACGGCGACGGCAGCGAGGGCAUGCUCGACCGCGACACGAUCGAGCGCGCGCUGCUCGAGGCGCUCCUCGACGGGUCCGCCGCAGCCGGUGCGGGCUCUGCAGCGCCGACCGCCGGCUCGAGCACGCGCGUCGUGCCGCCGCCUAGCCCGGGCGUCGAGCUCGUCCUCGAGGACUGGGCCGAGGCGCUCGGGCUCCCCUUGCCGUCCGCAUCGACCUCGAGCGCGCCCGACGCACCGGCCCUCGCGGCAGCCGGCCUCGGUGCGGGCCCGACGCUGUUGGAGGGCGACGGCCUCCUGUGCGACACGACCGUCGCGGCCCUGUCCGUGUUUCGGCUCGCGUACGCCGAGCGGUUCGUCGCGAGCGCAGCGGCCGCCGGCGCAGGCGCGAGGGCGGGAUCGGGGUCGGGCGAGAGUGCGCGUGCGGGUGUGGGUGCCGGCGCGAGCCGCCUCCUCGACGACGACGGGUCGCUCCUCCCGCCUGCGCUCCUCGCGGCGCUCCUGAGCCUCGUCGUCGCGACGCGGGGCAAGAUGGUCGUGCUCGGCGGGAUCACGGGCGCGGGAGCCGGCGAGGGCGGGUCGGCGGCGGCGGGUGCGGCGGGAGGGAUUGGUUCGCGCGCCGGGACGCUGAGGAGGAAGCAUGGAGCCGAGGAGAGGAGGGAGAGAGACGAGGGGAAGGUGCCCAAGGACCCGCUCGCCAAGAGGGAGCGGUUCCUGCGCUGCGUCGAGGCGUUCCAGCGCUCGCACCCGUCUGCCUUCCAGCACGUCGCCACCUCUUCGAGCUGCCCACCCGUCCUCACCCCGUCCUUCCUCGCCGCCCUCUCGACCCUGUACGCUUCGCGCCACUCCCCCGCGACGUCCCUGCACUCGCACCCGCACGCUCACUCGCACCUGCCGCACCUCCCGACCGCUCGCGUCCGCGGCGCGCUCUCGUCCGCCCUCGGCUCGGUCCUCCACCCCGACCGCGACCGCGACAGCCCGAGCACGGCGCCCUCGGACGCCGACACGCCCUCGCACUCGGAGCACGAGCGCAACCCGCAUCGGCGCUCGCACCAGCAGCAGCAGCAGCGUCGGCGCAGCACGCUGCCGCACCCGCUCACGGCGCUGCACCUCCCGUUCGGCUCGCGCACGCGCGGCGGGAGGGGCGAGCAUGCCGAGACGCUCGACCUCGAGGGCUUCGUGCGGGCGUACGUUCUCGGCGACGACGAGGGCGAGGCGGACGAUGGCGGUGGGCGAGGCGCGAGGGCAAGGGUCCGGCGACGCCGACGGAGGGCGAGGGGAGCGGGACGGGCUGGUGCGAGCGUGCGAGGGCUGUGGGACCCCGAGGAGGAGGACGAUCGACCGAGGGAUGAGGUGGUUGGCGGCGUGGGCGAGGGCGAGCGGUCGAAGGAGGUGCGGCGCGACGAGGGCGAGGCGGCCACGGACGCCGAGAGCGUCUACACGGCACGCACGGGCGCGACCGUCCAGCAGCAGCAGUAUCAAGCAGCUCCUGCAUCGGCUCCACACGCGCCCUCAUCGUCCUCGCCGCCAGCACAUGGCUCGACGCCGGCGUCGUCCUCGAGCGUCUCGACCGGGCCGGUCAAGUUCGGCCGAGGCGUCCUGCGCGGCGUCAAGGAGGUCGCCGGUCGCGCAGGGCGCAAGCUCGGCGACGAACUCGGGCUCGGGUCGGCUGAGGCGGCGGGCGAGGGCAGCGACGGGAGGAGGACGGCGUUGCGGGACGAGGCGGACGAGAAGGAGCGCGAGGGGCUCGGACCGCCACUUGUCGUCGUCUCGGCCUCGUCUCGGUCCCCCUCGCCCAACUCGAGCGUCCACCCGUCCCUCGCCUUUUCCGCUCCACUCGACCCUUCCGCAUCCGCUUCUCGCGCCGCCACCCUCUCCUCGCGACUAUCUGCCGCCCUCUCGCUCCCAUCCUCGGCCGCACCCUCGCCCUCGCACAGCCGCACCCAGUCCCCUCGCGGCUCGACCACCUCGGCAGCGACGCACCGCGCUCUCCCCUCGCUCCAGACCGACGUCGCGCCAUCGUCAGUGAGCGCGCAUGCGUCGCCCGUCAGUGCCGGAGGCACGAGCAGCCCCGGCGGCGCCGCCAAGGGCCGCAGCCAGCUCAGCCUCGGCUUGUCGGUCCCGGGCGACCGCCGCUCGGCGCGAGGCGGUGCGCCGCCGAUGCGGCGCGCCGUGAGCGAGACGCACCCUCGCAAGGCGUCGCUCCUGCUCGGCGGCGAGGGCGAGGGCGUGGACGAGCGGGCCGAGCCGGAUGAGGGCCGGGGCGCGCUCGAGGAGAGCUUGCUCUUCGGCGCCGAGGAGGGCGGCAGCGCGACGGACGACGAGGGCCCUGAGGGCUUCACACCUCUCGCUCGUGCUCGAGGCGACGACUCGGCGACCGAGGACGACGGCGACGGCGACGAGGGCGUGUACCGCCGCCCGUCCGGGCUCGUCGUCGCCCCGAGGGUCCUCACGCGGCGGCACUCGAUCAACCUGGUCGACGACGCGCCCGAGCCGGUCGUGUGGCUGUCGAGGAGGACGCUCGAGGUCGACAUGAAUCUGCGCGCGACGGCCUGGGCGUUCAAGGUCAAGCAGAAGAAGCUCGAGGACAUGGUCGCCGCGAUGGAGGCGAUCCAGCGCGCGUACGACCAGGCGCUCUCGUCGCUCGCGGGCCCGCUCGCGCACAAGACGGCUCAACUCGACGCCCUCACGGCGACGGCGGCGCAGCUCACGACGCGGCUCGAGGCGUACAGCGCGUCGUCGUCGCCGCUGUCGCUCCUGUCGACCGGCACGUCGCGGCUCCAGUACGCGCAGGCUGUCCUCGACGACAAGCUGCGCGACGUGGUCGACUUUGACCGGGCGCUCGACGACAAGGUGCGCGCCGGCGACGGCACGCUCGAGGUGGCCGUCCGCGAGCUCGAGCGCGACAUGGGCGUCAUGAGGAAGGUGCUGGGCGUGCUCGAGAGCGGGAGCGCGUGGGCGUGGAGCAAG